AUGGUUGACACGAAAGCCUCAGAUGAUGCUAUUCUUAUUAUUCCUGUAUCAGUGCAAUCAAUUAUUCUCCCAGAUCAGAAUCUGUCUGUCUCGUCAUUCCUUGAAUUCCCACUCCCGUCAGCUUCAAUUACGACCGCUCCACCAUUGCGCGAAUACUUUGACACUGACCCCCCGCCUGAGGACACCUCAUAUCUCGAUUAUCUCCGCACGCAGCCGCUUCCCCAGCUUGCAGUUCUGCACCAGCUCCUAGAAGGGGUGCAACGUGCAAGAUUAGAUGGUAGCCGGUCUAUUGUAUAUGCUCAUGCCGACAUCAAUCAAUCUUUUCCAUUCUGGAUUCUGACGUUUUGGCGCCAAGCGUAUACUCUCCUUGACAUCCAAAACAAAUGGCGACAGGCAGAAGCCUUCCUUACCAAACGCCAAUCCAAUCCAGUGGCCUCUACCUUCCAUCUUGCCUUGAGCAGGUUAUCUUGGUCAGGCUCCACGAAAGGUUUCUGUGACUGGUCACCCAUUCAUGACCUUGCAGAUUUCGCAUCGCAGAAAUGGCUGACUGAUACAAAUCUGAAUAUGAUGUUGGACAUUGUAUAUGGAGAUAAGGAUGUAGCAUCGAAGCAUACCUUUGAAACUGCAUAUUUUGUGCCGUUACUAUUACUCGCACAUGACGAGCGUGCCAAGAAAGAUUAUUUGACCUCGCGGGAGGCAAAACCUUUUUGCAGUGCCGCCGAGCAGUUGUUCAAGGGACACUACAAAAGCCUUGGUAUCCCUUGCCAUAUCCACAAGAACCAUUGGACUGCAGUUCUGAUCAAUGUGGAGGACCAGAAAGUCCUCUAUGGAGACUCAUUUGGCGCAGCUAUUCCAAAUAACCUGAAGGCAGCCAUUGAUUGGUGGCUCUCACACCAUUCACCAACUCCCUUGACAUGGGACGACUUACAGAUUUCCUGCCAGGAGGAUACGCACUCCUGCGGUGUCUUAGCUGUCAAUGCCCUCGCUCAUUUCAUCCAACCAACGAAGUUCCCUCUAUUAUCAUCUUCCGACACAGAUAUUGCGCGUUUGCAUUACGGAAAUGCCAUCAUCGAGCAUCAUGUCAUGUCGUCACAAUUGCCAUCACUACCACCAACAUCUGCAUCCGCGUCCAUUACACCACUUUCAUCUACUAUACCAUCACCGCCAGUGUCUGCAUCUGUGGUGUCUGUUCUGCCUACUAUACUACCCCACGAGUCCGUUGCACCGAUAUUCAAGCUCAAGAAGAAGCGAAGUCAUGCGGACAUGCUUGAUGAUGAUUCCGACACCGCAGAACCUCAGUUCAGGGGGCAAUUAGUAGAUAUUGAGCUGAAGAAGCGGAAAAAUACCAAUGCGCCCACUACCUUUAUCUCCGACAUCCCUGAUUUCGACUUCCUUUCACAAGCGAUCAAGUCACGUGACUCUAGAACCUUCGAGAACCCUUGCACAGCUGUCACACGUUUCAUGACAUCAUAG